GGAACCACUUGCAGGUGACUGCUGGGGCGGCGACCAUUCUCAGCACCUGACCAUGAGGUGCCUGCUGCUGUUAGUCCUGUUCGCGCUGCUCUGCUGCUGGGUCUCAGCUGACAUUCGCUGUCACUCCUGCUACAAGGUCCCGGUGCUGGGCUGUGUGGACCGGCAGUCCUGCCGCCUGGAGCCAGGACACCAGUGCCUAACAACAAACGUGUACCUAGGGAAAAUGUGGGUUUUCUCCAACCUGCGCUGUGGCACACCUGAGGAGCCUUGUCGGGAGGCCUUCAACCAAACCAACCACAAGCUGGGUCUGAACUACAACACAACCUGCUGCAACAAAGACAACUGUAACAGCCCAGCACCCCGGCCCGCUCCCGCGCUGGCCCUUGUCUCCCUCACCUCCCUGGCUGGCCUUGGCCUCUGGCUGCUGCACUGAAGGCUGCAUCUCCUCCUACCUGCCUUAGCCUGAGCAUCAGAGCCCCUGGAUUUCCAGAAUGUUCUCCACUCCCUUCCUCUGAAGAGCAUUUCCCUAGUCCUGUCCCAUUUCUUCCACAGACAUUGCUCAGGAUGGUCUUCCUUGCCACAUUUCUCACCCUAUAACUUCCACUCUAUUUCCCCCAGGUCUUUUCCCAUUUUCUUCUAGACCACUGUCCCUCCUCACUGGCCACUGAGGGGCUUCCUGCUCUGCUGCACUCUGCUGCACAUCUGGGAUCUGGAACUGGAAAGGCUCCUGUCUUGUCCCCAGCGAAGGGUCCCAGAAAGGACCUGAUGACCUGGCUAUAUGGGGCUGGCUCUCCAAACCUCUA